AUGCUCCUAGUCGUUGCUGUCUAUGCAAGUCUCUCCUCCGGUGUCUUCUUUGUCGUCGCUUGCGUGAGACCGUACUACGGACAGUCCAUUGGCGAUAACGGGGGUCUCUCGCCAUCCUCGGCCAGUUUGAUCAGUGCCUUUCUUGCCAAAACCGUUGAACUCGCCUAUGUCACCACCGGGGUGGCCUUUCUGGGACAGCUUCUUAGUUACAGAGCGAUCAUCCGGGGAUCAUCUCGAGCUCCUCAGGGAGUCAGCCUCUCCGACUUGAACCUGCGGUCAUGGAUCACGCAGCCUGGGUCCUUGCUUUUACACUGGGGGCCGCUCAAAUACUCGGGUGGGACUAUUCUAGGUGCGAUGACCUUGGUGAUGACCAUGGUUGCGAUGCUCUACACCACUGCGGCGGAGGCUUUAGUCUCUCCCAAGCUGUCUUCCGGCCCGGUAAAAUCUGUUCUCGUGCAGGGCGAGUACUACGCCGAAUUCGCAUAUGCAGACUGGCUGAGCGAGCACUGCAAGACCCCCAUUACGGACCAGAUGAGCGAAGCCACGCGAGAUGAAAGCUGUCUCAGCCUUGAGCUGGCGGGACAAUCGUACCACGACAUCGAGCAGUACCUGCAGGAUUGGGCGGGACUGGUCAACUCGACAACGAACACCACGGCGAUGACGACGACGACGAGCAAAGCACUGAAAUCCCGCCUGCCGCCCACCAGCUCGCUGUACGACAACACGACGGUGACGGGAAGCUGGAUCGAGGUGACGAACAUGACCGCGCUGUCGAGCCAGUACGGCCGCAUGGUCGACAACGUCACGGCGGCGUUCCCACACGGUGGCCUAUUCGCUGCUGCACGCAACCCACACAACAAGAUCACGCAGCCCGAGAACCUGUCCGGCGACGGCAAGUACACGCUCAACGCCUCUGUCACGUCGCCGGCGGUGAACGUGCUGUGCGUGGGGAUGACGGCCGAGGAGCUGGAGCCGAUCAUCUACGAGGAAUUCCCGUACCAUGCGGCCAUCAACACAACGACCUGGUACACGGAAGACGAGGCGAUGAUGAACGUGUACACCAACCGCACGGCGGUAGACGAUCUGUUCGGGUUUGGCGGUGCGGCACCGGACUUUGGCGACCAGGCCGUCAUGGGCACGCCCGUGUUCCCCAUCUACCCGGCCGCGUGGAACACGAUCAUCAACACAAAGACCAACAACUCCAAGGCGAUGUAUCUGCUGGGGGCAGGUCCGCCCGGCCACAGCCCGCCGUACACGCUCUGCGCGCUGAAAGCGAAACUGUCGGGUGUCUGCUCUGCAGAGUACACUGUUUCCGCGAGCGCGGGGGAGCUAAGCGUGCACUGCGAGGACGGGGCCAACAAGCUCCAAUACAACAACAGCGUGCCCAGCGCCAGCGAGACCAUCUACGACGAUAACUGGAAGAUGCUGGCGUGGCAGUGGGCCGACGCGGUCAACCUCGGCUCCGGGCUUGACGAUGAGGACGCAAGCAUCGAGCGGCUCCUAAUGGCUACGGUUCCCUCGUUCGAUAACACGACCAACACCUCCUCGCUAGACCCCUUUUUACCCUCCGCCAGCGAGUUUCUCGCCGUGCUGGCCGGCAGCACUCUUCUCUUGGGCAGCGAGUACUCGCCCUUUGUCUCGUACUGGGCCUGGAAUUUCACCAACAACUUCUCCACCCCGGUGUCGGAGAGCUUCAACGCAACCCUCCAGUCGGUGAUGUACGCCUCCGGCCGCAACACAACGCACUGGCAACGGGUGUUUUUCGUCGUCCUGGCCCUCGCCUUUGCGACUUCCUUCGUCUGCACGGCGUUUUUCUCUCUCCUCGCUGUCCGUGGGCUUUUUCUGACCGACGUGACGGAGCUGUCGAAUCUGUUUACCCUGGCGAUGAACGCUCCGCCGGAGGAACAGCCUGCGUAUAGUCUGGGGGGCAGAUGGGUGGUUGACGAAGAGAAUCAUUUUGUAGCGGUGGAGGAUCACUAA